AGAGCUUCUAUUUAUAGCACAAAAGGCCAUUGGUCUUGACUGCACCGCUUCCUCAUCUCUCACAACAUGUCUCUCCCGCUUCUUUCAGUCUUCAUUUUUCUUCCAGUCUUUACCAAUGUUGUUUUUGCGGCUUCAAACGAGGAAUCCAGUGCAUUAGUUUCUUUACCAACGUCACCGACGUCCCCGGCAAACAAACCACCGUCUCCGUCAUACAAGCCACCCUCACUGCCUACUACUCCUAUUAAACCACCCACCGUAACACCUCCGGUUAAACCACCAACCACUCCGGCUACACCAACAAAACCACCAGCUACAUCAUACCCAACUCCUCCGGUUAAACCACCCACAUCACCUCUGGUCAAACCACCUACAUACAAACCCCCAACGCCACCGGUUAAGCCACCCACGACACCACCACUCAAACCUCCACCUACGUACAAACCCCCAACGCCACCGGUUAAGCCACCAACUAUACCACCAGUCAAACCACCACCUACUUACAAACCCCCAACGCCAACGGUUAAACCACCAACAACACCACCGGUCAAACCACCGUCGGUUCAACCACCUAUGUACAAACCCCCAACGCCACAAGUUAAACCACCCACGAUACCACCAGUCAAACCGCCUACAGCACCGGUUAAACCAACCCCAAUACCUCCAUAUAAGGCACCACCAGCUACGUCUCCACCACCAUCCAAACCAUCCGUCAACCCAACUCCAUCACCUCCGGUUAAGCCGCCAGCCAAACCUCCUACACCGUCUCCUGUGAGACCUCGAAUAGAUUGCGUGUCUUUAUGUGGGACUCGAUGUGGGCAACACUCGAGGAAGAACGUAUGUAUGAGAGCGUGCGUCACGUGCUGCUACCGCUGCAAGUGCGUUCCUCCUGGCACGUACGGUAAUAAGGAAAAAUGUGGAUCUUGUUACGUCAACAUGAAGACACGUGGUGGCAGACCCAAGUGUCCUUAAAACCUUUUUAUAAACGAUGGUUAAUGUGAAAUGAUGAUGUUAGAGGAAAAAUGAUGUUUUCAUAUAAGUUUGCAAUGCGUUUUAUUUUUGUCCU